CCCAUUUGUAUACCCAUCUAACAGCUUCCAGUUUUGACAUUCCUUUGCCACCAGAACGACUUUCCAACUUCCCCGUGGGUUUCUGUUAGGUGAAAAUGGCACAAUGUUUGGCUCCUUCAGUGCAAUGGCAGAUGAGGUUAACAAAGAAUGCCAUGGAAACGAGCUCUAUGACAUCCAAAAUGUGGAACUCUUUGUCCUUGAAACAAAGCAAGAAAGGAGCACUCAAGACCUCUACGAAAUUUAGAAUAUGUGCUUCAUCAAAUGGAACCAUUAACAGGAUGGAGGACCUACUAAACUUGGAUGUAACUCCUUUCACUGAUAAGAUUAUUGCUGAAUACAUUUGGAUUGGAGGUUCUGGGACAGAUGUGCGCAGCAAAUCAAGGACACUCCCAAAACCAGUAGAGCAUCCUUCUGAGCUUCCAAAGUGGAACUAUGAUGGAUCAAGCACCGGGCAAGCACCGGGAGAAGAUAGUGAAGUUAUCUUAUACCCCCAGGCGAUUUUUAAGGAUCCUUUCCGUGGUGGCAACAACAUCUUGGUAAUCUGUGAUGCAUACACCCCCCAAGGCGAGCCUAUCCCUACAAACAAACGUGCUAAGGCUGCUGAGAUCUUCAGUGAUCCUAAAGUUGUAUCGGAAGUCCCCUGGUUUGGAAUUGAGCAAGAGUACACUUUGCUUCAACCAGAUGUGAAGUGGCCUUUGGGUUGGCCUGUUGGAGGCUACCCUGGUCCUCAGGGCCCAUACUACUGUGGUGCUGGUGCAGAUAAGUCGUUCGGAAGAGAUAUAUCUGAUGCACAUUACAAGGCUUGCUUAUAUGCUGGAAUUAACAUCAGUGGAACCAACGGUGAAGUCAUGCCUGGACAGUGGGAAUUCCAAGUGGGUCCUAGCGUGGGAAUUGAAGCUGGAGACCAUAUCUGGUGUGCCAGAUACCUUCUUGAGAGAAUUACUGAGCAAGCUGGUGUUGUCCUCACACUUGAUCCUAAGCCCAUCGAGGGAGACUGGAACGGAGCAGGGUGUCACACGAACUACAGUACACUAAGCAUGAGAGAAGAAGGUGGAUUUGAAGUAAUCAAGAAGGCGAUUCUGAACCUUUCCCUUCGUCACACAGAGCACAUCAGUGCUUAUGGAGAAGGAAAUGAGAGAAGAUUGACGGGAAAACACGAAACUGCCAGCAUCACCACAUUUUCAUGGGGAGUAGCUAAUCGUGGUUGCUCCAUCCGUGUGGGGCGUGACACCGAGAAGGCGGGCAAAGGUUACUUGGAAGAUAGGCGUCCGGCAUCAAACAUGGACCCAUAUACAGUGACUGGAUUACUUGCAGAAACUACACUCCUGUGGGCGCCUACUCUUGAGGCUGAAGCUCUUGCUGCUCAGAAGUUGGCAUUGAAUGUGUAGAAACUUCAUCAUAUAAAUCGAAGAAAACAUCAUCAUCGUUCUUCGAAAGCUCGGUUUUCUGUUUUUAGUUGAUUUCUUGUAGAUAAAGCUCCCAUCCCAAAAGCAAACCGUUGGCUUCAUAUGUCAAUUUAUUUUCAGAAAUUGGGUGUUGUUUUAAGACUAUGUUUGAUCAGUUUAUGCAUAUUUUGAUCUCUUUUUCAAUUAAAGAAAAGACCCUUGUGGUUUUGGGGGGGUAUUUUCUAAAUCAUAAAUAAUGAAGAUGAUUCUCUUUGUUAAA